AGAGCAGGAGAGAGCAGAGCAACACCACACCACUGAGGAACAUCGACAUGAAGCUCUGUUGCUGGAUCAUUUAGUAACGGUAUCCGCCUCACUGCCAGCUGUAUAAAGUGGUGAACCUGCUGUGCCAUGCCCUGACUCAGUGAUGUCCCUCUGAUCGCUGAGAUGAAGGAGUGAUCGCUAGUGUGAGAUGCCAGUGACGGCGGUGGUGAGACUCGGCUCUCUGCAGCUGGCACGACAAGAUGGCAGCAGCACGCGCACGUACACGCUGUGAGGACAGUAUAUAAAAGUGAAUAAAAUGUCCGGAGAAGAAUUGGAGCCUACCAACUGUUACUCUACAUGAAGGUAUGGCCUCACAAGUUUUGGUCUACCCACCACAUGUUUAUCAAACUCAGACAAGUGCCUUUUGCAGUGUGAAGAAACUUAAAGUCGAACCUAACAACUGUGUUUACCAUGAGAGGGCUUUUUCACUGAACUUAUUGAAUGGUAGGACCUCUGGCAUCGCACAGCCGACGAAAGUUGCACAGAAAUUCAAGACACAAGGCUUGGCAGGUGGCAGACAGAGGAGGGUGGACUUACCCGUGCAGACUGUCGCAGUACGAGGUGUUCAACGACAAACCAGUGGGGCGGCACAUCGGCAGGACAGAGGAGUACCGUCCCCAGACAAAGACCCGAAACUCUUGGAAAAGGGCGGUAGGAUCAGCAGUGGAGCUAAAGGGGCAACUGAAGGAGUCCGGGGCGACGACAGCAAAAGUAGAGGGGGAGAAGAAGAGAGCGGUGGAGGGACCGACGACGGGAAGGAGGAAGACGAGUCUAGUUUAAACUUGGCCGAGAAUUCCCAGCGAUGUGGAUUGAAGCGUAAGAGUGAGGAGCUUGAAAACCGGGGAAGCGCAAUGCAGAUAGUCGAGGACCUGUCUAUGUUACCUGCAAUGUUGCAAACGAAUGUGGCGAACCCGCCAGUGGCGGUCCCAGUAGCAGUAGCCGGCGGGGCAGUAAAACAAACUAAUGGAGCUGGCAGUGGUGACGGUGACUACCAGCUGGUGCAGCACGAGGUGCUUUGUUCAAUGAAAAACACCUACGAGGUGCUUGACUUCCUCGGCCGUGGUACCUUCGGACAGGUGGUGAAAUGCUGGAAACGAGGCUCCAGUGAGGUGGUGGCUGUAAAAAUCUUGAAGAACCAUCCGUCGUACGCGAGGCAGGGCCAGAUCGAGGUUGGCAUCCUGGCACGGCUCAGUGGAGAGAACGCAGAUGAGCAUAACCUGGUUCGGGCGUUUGAGUGCUUCCAGCACCGUAACCAUACCUGCCUUGUGUUUGAAAUGCUCGAGCAGAAUCUUUAUGAUUUCCUUAAGCAGAACAAAUUCAGCCCGCUGCCUCUAAAGGUGAUAAGGCCCAUUCUACAGCAGGUGGCUACAGCACUGAAGAAGUUGAAGGCCAUGGGGCUGAUUCAUGCCGACCUGAAGCCUGAAAACAUUAUGCUUGUGGACCCUGUUCGGCAGCCGUAUAGAGUGAAAGUCAUAGACUUUGGCUCUGCCAGCCAUGUCUCCAAAGCAGUUUGCUCCACGUAUCUUCAGUCACGAUACUACAGGGCUCCAGAGAUCAUCCUAGGCCUGCCGUUUCGUGAAGCCAUAGACAUGUGGUCAUUAGGCUGUGUGAUAGCAGAGCUCUUCCUGGGCUGGCCUCUCUACCCUGGGGCUCUGGAGUAUGACCAGAUUCGCUACAUUUCUCAGACGCAGGGUCCGCCAGAAGAGCACUUGUUGAACAUUGGGACAAAGACGUCACGUUUCUUCUCCAGAGAGUCUGAGUCCUCCUAUGCAACGUGGAGACUGAAAUCAACAGAGGAGCAUGAGGCAGAGACUGGGAUGAAAUCAAAGGAAGCCAGAAAGUACAUUUUCAGCUGUCUGGAUGAUAUAGCGCAUGUGAAUUUAGUGAUGAAUCUGGAAGGCACUGACCUGUUGGCAGAGAAGAUGGACCGUGGAGAGUUUGUGCUCUUGUUAAAGAUGAUGUUGUUGAUUGACGCAGAGAAGAGAAUCGUCCCCAGUGAAGUUCUCAACCAUCCCUUCGUAACCAUGCAGCACCUGCUGGACUUUCCUCAUAGCAAUCAUGUUAAAUCAUGUUUCCACAUCAUGGACGUGUGCCGUUCGCGUCCAGGCGCAUACGACACCGUUAACCGAAACAAAGCCUCAUUCACGAGACCGGCCACGACUUCAGCUCCUAACCUCACUGUGCCCUUCAGCAAGAUGGCUGGCGUACACACUCAGCCUUUAGCCCCAUCUGCUCCCUCAGUAAUACAUCCUAGGAUCCCACUGCAAACAGGAGGUGCUCAGUUUGGGGACUCAUUUCAACAAGCCCUGAUCCUUUGUCCCCCUCUACAAGGUCUCCCUCCAAACCCAGCCAAGCCAGCAGGCUACUCUGUGCGAAUUGACAACACCAUGCCACUGGUGUCUCAGGCCCCCACAAUCCAGCCUCUACAGAUUAGACCAGGAGUCAUCACACAGCAGCAAGCCUGGUCCAAUAGGGCCCAGCAGAUCCUGGUUCCAGCCUGGCCGCAGGUUACCCCGGUGGCUUCGGAUUCUGUGGCUGGACCACAGAGGCUUGCAGAAUGGGGGAAAGUUCGGCCUCAUGUGAAUCAUUACAGCACCAUCAUGCCUCAUCCUCAACCUCUGCUACCCAACCACAUGACCAUGUCGCACCAGCCAAUCAGUAUAGGCAUUGCUCAUGUUGUGUGGCCCCAGCCAGCAGCUAACAAGAGAAGUAAACCCUGCGGAAACAGGAGUCACUUUGUGCACAACACCAACACCCAAAACACAUGCCGGUCCCCAAAGACGGUCGACACUGGGAAGAAUGCAGUGGAAGUAGAUCACUGUGCAGAAGUGGAGAAUGUGGUGGAGGUGGUGCAGGUCUCACAGGUGGAGCAGGAGGAAGAGCCUGUGUGCUGUAAGGUGGACCCAGAGGCGGACGAACUGGGCGUCUCUAAGGAGCAGAGGCAGAGUGAAGUUGGAGACGCACCGAGCCCAGCUGGCAGCAUCAUCAGCAUUAGCAGUGAUACAGAUGAUGAGGAGGAGCAGGGAGCACAGAGACACUCAUUAGAGUGUAAAGGCAGCUCGGAGUGUGAUGCAUGUCGAAACACUUUAAACAUGGAGCGAGUGUGUUCCCUCAGUAGUCCAGACUCCAGCCUCAGUACCAGCUCCUCCGCAUCAGUGCAGUCCAGCAACUCACCCUGCAAGAGACCCAACAGCAUGUCUGAUGAUGAGCGGGAGAGUGGCUGCGAUACAGUGGACGGCUCGCCUGCCUCGGAUUCGUCCGGCCGAACAGACAGUCCCUUCAUGGAAAGUCAGAAUAGCAAAACCCAUGUGACCACAGAGACUGAAAUGGUCAAAGCCCCUAUACGGACCAUGGUGGUACCACCCAUGAGGGUUCAGAAUAACAACAAUGAACCAGCAGCCAGAACAGUCCUAGUGUCCACGUGCCAGUCCAAAGGGCGCAGUUUUGGCGUCAAACAUCCCCAUCACUCCACUAUGCUUCUGAACCGUCAGCAGAAAAUCAUCCCCGUAUCCCAGCAGUCUCAGCAGCCACCUCCUGCUUUUGGACAGCUCCAGCACCUCAACUCCUCCCACACGGAAUGGAACGGCAACUACGGCCACAGCCGCCCUCAGGCCUUCAUCCCACCCACAGUGCAUGGCCACCCCUUUACCAUCCCCCACAGCAGCCCUACCCACUCUACAGCCCAUCCUCCUGGCCCAACACUGGGCAUCGUCCACCCGCACGCUCAGCCCGCCCUGAUUUCCUACCCGCCUUCGGCUUCUCUGGUGCCACCCGGCCCCAUUGCACAUCUCCUGCCUUCGCCCGGUACCACACGGAGCCACUUGCUACUCUCUCAUCCGGCCAGGCACCUAGUGCAUCAAGUCAGCGUGGGCAUCAGCACUCGCCUGCUACCCUCACCCACGCUUCAUCCACAGGGCCAGUUCAAACCCCUCUUCCCUUCGCACUCAUACAUCGCCUCUCCCGCCUACGCCGGCUUUCCCCUCAGUCCCACCAAACUCAGCCAGUACGCGUACAUCUAACGCCUAUAUGCACCAGUUUACCUGCUGGGCACCUUCUGCAAAUCAUUUGAUAUUCAUGCCCAAAGCCAUGGCACACGUCAAGAUGUGAGCUAUUUUUCUGAACCACGUCAGCUCUGGUGCAACUUUGAGCUUUAAAAAAAAGUUUUGAUGGUAUUUGGCAAGUCGAAAUGCUAAGAAAGCAAAAGAAAAGCAAGUUCAUGAAUAAUGUAAAGUUAAUAGAUUUAAGACUUUAAUGUGUUUUGCACAUUUUCUACACCUUCUCAACAGAUUUUCAAAAGGAGUUCUGCUCCAAACAGGUGAAUAACUAAAGAAGGUGCAGUAAAGAAAAAAGAAAAAGAAUCAUGUCAUGCACCUCCCCCCUCCCUGCAAAUCUAUUUUUCUAUAUAGCCUUCUAACCUGUGCGAGACACACUGUUUGUAUAGCCACCCCAGUAUCCAGGCCCUGGCCGACAUGCACAUGUGUCCACGUCGUGAUGUUCUGCGCAUUUUGAGUAUUUAUACCGGUGUUCCCAUUGGUGUUUUCAGUGUUGUCACUUAAUCGGACUAGAAACGUGGUCCUCACUCGCGCCGCAUGUGUUCUUGCAUGAGCCGAUCAGAGAGAUGCCUAGAUGUCGCUAUUAACGUUCUUGUCAUUAACUUCACCGCAUUGUUUAAACCUGUCCUCAGCCAUAGUGCCUUAAAUAUUCAAGGUUGUUCAUGUUACUACUUAUAUAAUAUAGAAAUGUGAUGGACUGCAGCACUUAAUUCAGAUCGGUCCAUGCAUUUAGUGUGUAUAUGCUUUUAUACGGUCAGCUCCAGAAUGAUCUGCACCUUUGGUAUAGAUGGCUAAAAAAGGGUGUGAACACUUCAUGUGUUUGUGGUUAAUUAGUUUAAGCUUACGCUGAAAAUGUCAAAGGUGGGUAACACGGCAGUACAUUGUGCUAGCCCUAGGGGUCCGAAACACCAGCGGUGCGAACGGCCGGUCGGGCGUCUACAUACAGACAUUAUUGGCAAUGUCUGAGGGGUGGAUAGCCGAGGCCCCACGAUGGAUUGCACCCAGUAAUUCCGGGAAAACCAGACCCACUGCGACCCUGUUCAGGAAAAAGUGGCAAUAAAGCAUAAAAUAUAAAAAUCCGACAUUUAUUUAAUGUCACACAUUAAAAGGUACAUUUGCUUUUAGUACAUUGUGGGACUUCCUUUAACCAAGUAACAUUAGAUCCUAGAGCUCUAUUAAUUACAAAAUCCGUUGAGAUCCUCUGGCUUUCUUCAGCUCUCCCUGUAGCACGUCAGGAUUAAUUUAGAGUACUGGCAUAGCCAUUCCGUAAUCGUCUUUGGGUCAAUUUAAAUGUAUAUUUUGCAUCAGAUGUUCUUCUAAAAGAUCCAACAACAAACCCAGUUUAGCUUUUUGGCAGAGGCAGCCCAAAUCUAACUUUAGAAUGUUUUUGUACCAUGCUGGCUUCAUGAUUCUAUCAUCUAGAAGCAAGUUUCACUCAGACUUCAGUAGUGGUGCUUAUGUUUAAGCUUAAAAUUAGAAAAAGGCUUUUUUCUUGCACACCUUGUCCAUAAUAUUUUGACACUGAGGGUUGUGUUUAGGAGAUUUCAAUCAAAUCUCUUUGCCACCUUCCGCAAAUAGUCAACGGUGAUCCCUGCCUCUAUCCAAUCUCACCACACUGUGUGCUUAUGUCUUCUUAUUUUUUUCCUCCACUAUAAAAAAGACUAAGUUUGACCCCUGUGUCACCUUAUGAACAGGCAGUCAUGGAUAGCGGUGUAAAUGUUUCCAAACACUCAGGUACUAACAUUACUGGCAAAUUGUGUUGAAUUUUCCGGGGUGCUAAUAACUGUGAGAUAAGGGUUUGUAUUCCCUUUUGAGAAUAUUUGAGAAAUCAGAGUGACUUUAAGCUAAUAAAACUCAAAAGACCCAUUAACCCAUUUUUACCAAAGGUGCAAAUCAUUUGGGGCUAGCUGUACAUAAUUCGGCAUGAAUGUGACGCAUUGCACAGAGCGGCGUUUUGAAUCCGGUGUAUAUCCGAGAUCGGUUCUUUUUCGUUCCUUAGUCCGAGGACGGCAUGCUUUUGCUGUAGCGAAUGCCUGCUGUUCUGUAUUAGUUCCCCUCCCCGAAUGAACUAGUGUACAAAGAGCAAGCAUUGAUAACGCUUAAUGUUUGAUAAUCAAUUUCUAUUAUGUAAAAAAAAAAAAAAAAAUAACCAAACAAAAAAAACAAACUACUUACUACUAACAGUAUUUGUACUGUUUAUUAAAACCGCAAUACAAUCUAAAUGGUCGUUGAUUCUCGGACGUCUGUGUGUUUUUAUUUUCUCGUUUGAUGGGGUUGUUUUGUAUUUUUUUCUAGAUGUGUAGAAAUGUGGUGGGCAUGGCUUUGACUAGAUGAAGACUUAAUGCAAAUAGGUCUAUGAUUUAUGGUAUGGAUUCAUCGUAGCCUGAGCAGACCAUGCAGUACUCGGUGUAAUCUAUAUAUACGGUAUAUCUAAUAGAGCUAGUCUAUUUAGUGCUGAAGCUUGAUGAGGUGUGAGUUUAUCUUGUGCAAUCCUCUCAUUUAUGCAUGUGUGAAACGAUUUUCACGUGUUUUUAUUUGGAUAUUACGUCAUUCGUUCAAUGCUUACUGGUGUCGACUGCUUAUUUUAUACAUUCCGUCAGGGAGAAAAAUGUGUAUGCUUUGUGCAUAUUUCUUUGUUUUUAGUUGGUUUUACUAGUCGUGUGUAGACUUAUUGUCUCUUCUUUCAAUAUGAAGUCGUUUGUGCAGCACCAAAGACUGUCGUUCGUAUUUGUAUUUUUUUUUCUAAGCAAGGUAGCUACUCUCCCUACAUAGACCUCACGUAUACUGUAGUAAUUAUAGUCCUGGGGUGAAUUUCAAACCUAUGUAUUUGAGAUAUGGCUUAAGUUAGCUUCUUAGGUUUAGCUUUCUGAGCAAGUAAUAAGGCGUAUCAUCUAUCUUGAAUGUAUCUUAGAUAAGCUGCUAUAUAAUGAUUGCCACUUCAGAUAGCUGUGAAAUUAGAGGACUUUUUUUUCCCUAGUUUAUCUUUGCGUUGGUAUUUUUGUAAUGUUUUCUCUUCUUACCUGAAAUAGAAGUGGUUUUUGGUUGAAUAGUUUUGCUUUAAUGUUUGAAGUGUAAUUGUAUCUACUGUACUGCUAAUAAUGGAUUUGUUUGCAUUUGUUUAUGUUUUGUGGGUUGAUGGUGUUUUGCAUCAGUAUUUUAUUUCCUUAACCGUUCAGAAUAUAUCAGUGUACCUUCUUUUUUCACUCACUCUCUCUUUUUAUUUUUAUUUUUUGUUUACUUUUUUCUCAUCAUCUUAAUGAAAGUAAUAGCUUGCAUAAUCAAAACUCCAACAAUUUUUUUAUUAUUAUUAUUAUUUUUACUUUAUUUUUGCAUUGUCACUGUUAAACUGGAAUAAUGUUUUCUCUUUUACCUCCUGCUAUAAAGCACUUGACUACCUUACUAUUAAAAAUUCAGUGUUCUAUUCAUUUUUAGAUAAAUCUGACAACUUCUCUAAGUCACAGAAUUGAACCUCGUAUUAAACACUUUCUAUGAAGCCCAUAUUUUAAAGCUUUAUAACCACUCAUCUGGUUAUAUUUUGGCUGCAGAGUUGAGGCUUUGGUUUACACUUGCUGCUGCUCGGACGGACACACACACUUAACUAGUGUGGCUUUGUUGUUCAUGGUUCAUGAUAUCUAGUCCAGUAAUAGAUACCAAUAGAGAGAUAGAGGAAUUGGAGUUUAUCUGGAUUUUAAAACUUUUUCUAUUAGUAUAUAAAAUAUGAAUAAUUUAGCCCUUAUGCUAACUAUUACAUAUAAAAUGUCAUCUCCUGUUUGCAUUUCUUAAUAUAUUUCUCAAGGCUUAAAGCCAGCUGCCUGUUUUGGAUUAAAAGUGUCUGGUUAAAAAUCUCACGCCCUGAGAGGUAAAAACACAAGUUGCUCAUAAGGUGAUAGCUAAGAUACAACAUUGACCCCACCCCCCACCCCAAAUCCCAUUUGUCACUGUGUAAUUCACACUCUGCCUUAAGUGGUGUGUGCAGCUUGCUGGUUAUUUGAUAACUAACAUUAUGUAGGCCAGUAAAUGGACUUUUGCAGCUGCGUAUUACACAUCAAGAUGCAAAUGACUCGUCUUAAUGUCUGAAUAUUGCCCUUGUAAAUCAUCAUAUAAAGAGCUCUACAUUACUAUGAUUACCAGUUAGCAUUAUGCCAUGUGAGGUGCAGCUCUGCUCUUGUGCUCCAUUCAUAAAUAAUGCUUUUAAUUGUAAUAUUUUUAUGUUUUAUAAAAUGUCAUUUUAAACCUUAAUUUGCAUGAAAAUGAAAUUAAAUGAGCCUAUCUAUCUAAUUGCUGCUCCUACCCAAUACAUGAAUGUGUGCAGCUACAGAUCUUUUCUUUUCCCCUGCCAGGGGCGGAGUCAGUUGGCUGGCAGAGAACAUACUUGCUGUAGCUACGAGUUACCCUGCAUCGACCAUUGUCUCUGCUGGUAUUGGAACUCGAGAUCCCAGCGGUGGUGGGCUAGCACAUCAGACCUCAAUGCCACCCGAGCACCUUUUGAGCUACAGCUUUAAGAAAUGCAUGUGAUACUCAGAUACCAGUUGCAGAUUGUGCAGACUAGUAUUGCACCCCAUCCGUUGUUCUGUCUAGGCCAAAGUGUUUCAAAGUAUAUUGUAGCUAGUUGUUAAUUAGGUGUUAAUUGUUGGGUAUUAUGAACCAUGCUGUCUUCAAUUUGAAAUAUCUGAAUUCAAAUGAAUUUCUGAACGUUUACAUAUACACAUAACGAUGGUUUAAAUACUUCAGCAUUUUUUUAAAAAUGACUUAUUCAGUGCAGCCUUAUUGAGGAAUGAUCAUACAUUUUAAAUAUGGGCUUCAUAAAAGUAAUACUGGACAAUAUAAAAAGGACGCUCUUUACAAGGAAAUUGUGUAUAAAAUUGUCCUACUUUGUGUUGCUUUGCUUGUUUAAUGUCAUGAAUUACAGUGUUUAUUUAACACUGUGCGUGUGCCUUUACUGAAAAGACGUGUUAGUAAUAAAAAAGCCCCAGUGCAAAAACACCCAGUACAUGAAUUAUACUGGCCUGUGAGAAAUGUUACCUCCCAUUACAGGGGUUGAAUACAACAGUCAUAUUAUACCCAAACCAUCCUGUUUAAACUCCCAGUAUUUGGAUUCCUAAUACCAGUUUACUUCUAUUCAGCAAGGGAAUGCAUCAGCGCUUGUGCCUCAGACAAAAAAAUACACGUUUUUACCACUAGAUGGUGCGGGUGGAACAGCAAAAUUAAAGACCAGGGUUUGAUUUUUGCCUCUAGUCCGGGUUUGUAAACUUAAUCUGAAGAGAAAUGUAGGUUCAGUCUGGAUGAGAUUAGAAUGUAAAAUGAUUUUUUCCUGUAAAAUAAUGAAAAAUAGACUUUUUUAUUUGAAUUACAUUGGGUUAAUGGGGGUUGGGUGUAUUUCCCACAUGGUAAAUUACUCGAACAGUGCUUACAAACAGUUCCCAAGAAAAAUGAGUAGUUUAUUUCCAUUUCUUAUUCAUAGUAAAAUUAUUCAGCUGAAUUUUCCCCUGUUUUUUUUUUUUUUUAAAUCAUUUACUUAUUUUUGUACUUCUGUAUGAAAUGGUAUUCACCAGCAAAUUGUUUGCAAAUUUACAGAAAUACUGUACUCAUAAAUUCUACUAAUCUACUUAUAGAUUUUUUUUAUUAUUCCAAACUUUACCUAAUACAUUUAAAAUGAUUUUUUUUUUUCUUUUAGUACACAUUGCUGUUAUUGUUUUGUAUGGAUAUUUUGAAAUCUAUGCUCUUAAUUCAGGGUGUUUGUACUAAUUGCUACUGUUUCAUUCUGAAAUCACCUUUCAGUAUGAUCACUUAUGAUGCUUUUUCCCCACCUUCAUCUAUCAAAAUGCAAGUUAGAGCUUUAUUGCUUAUAUUACUCAUUAAGGACUCGAUCUAAGCUGUUACUCACUGUUAAAAUGUGCCGAUUCUGUGGCUUUUGUUUGCUUUGUUUUUCAUUUGCUGAUCUGGUUUGAUGCUACACUAGUUUGCCAUGUAGCAAUUGCACUGUGCAAUAUUUACAGUAUGAGGAUGGGGAAUGUGUAACCUGGAGAUGUAAACGUCUUUAGUUUAGUAGUGUAUGCUCCUCCCUAGUUCUCAGUGAUUUAGAUGUGACUGAGCUUGGUCACGUUAAGCGGGUUUUCCAGCCGACUUUUUUUUUUGGUGAGUGUUAAAAUAAGAGUUUAUGGUGUAUUGUCAAAAUUCACUUUGAAUUAAAAUAUAUUGCUGCA